UCCUGCUCACCCUCCACAUUUCAUGGCUUCCAUCCAUCAACCCAAAGAAUCGACCACAUUCCUUCUCUUUCUUCUCCUUCUGAGCUUUACAGACCUAUGUAUUGCCUCAAGGAAGCUAUCCUCUCUCUACCAACCUCCCCCUACCAUCCUCACCUACCACAGAGGAGCCUUGUUGGAGGGAAACAUCCCAAUCUCCGUCCUGUGGUAUGGGAAAUUCUCACCAUCACAGAGAUCAAUUAUCACCGACUUCCUCCUCUCCCUGACUCCCCCACACCGCCCCACCACCUUCGCCAUCAUAACACCCACUGUCUCCAAAUGGUGGAGAACAGUCGACUACUACGUCCAAAAGGCCGGGAAGAGGAAGACCCAUGUGUUGCUCACCAACCAAGUGUUAGACGAGGGGUACUCCAUGGGUAGGCUUCUGAGGAGGUCCGACGUCUCGGAGCUGGCGCGCAGACUGGGCGUCAUGGCGGGCGGGGUCGCCCUCGUGCUCACGGCCGCGGACGUGGCCGUGGAGGGGUUCUGCUCCGCUGCCUGCGGGAUGCACGGAUCCGUCGCCGCGGGCUCUGCUCGGUCCGCGUACAUAUGGGUGGGCGACUCCGUGAGCCAGUGCCCGGGACAGUGCGCGUGGCCGUUCCACAAGCCAGCCUACGGGCAGCAGGGACAGCCCCUCGGCGCGCCUAACGGAGACGUGGGGCUCGACGGCAUGGUGAUCAACUUGGCGACGCUGUUGACCGGCUCCGUCACGAACCCGUACGGCGGCGGAUACUUCCAGGGCGAUCGGGACGCGCCGGUGGAGGUGGCUGCUGGGUGCCCAGGCGUCUAUGGCGAGGGCGCAUACCCUGGCUAUGCUGGGAAACUGAGGGUGGACGUGAAGACGAAGGCGAGCUAUAACGUGGAAGGAGAGAAGGGGAGGAAGUAUUUGGUGCCGGCUUUGUUGGACCCGAUUAGCAACUCUUGUUUGCCUAUGGUUUGAUUGGAUUUGUGUUUGGG